AUGGCUCGUUCCCUGAGGGAACCAGUCACAGCACGCCGCCAGCACACCACUCUCCUCGUCGCGUCGCUAGUACUCAUCGGGAUGAUCUGCGGUCCCGCGACUACCGCGGCGAUGACGCUGGAAGAAGCCAUCAACCAGGCCAACGAGUUAGAAGCGGACGCGGCUACCACAGAGCUCGUUCUCACAUCCGACGUGGAGCUCACGGCCCUUCUCCCCGCACUCUCAGGCGCGGCCAAGCUGACCAUCACGGGCGCGUGUGGAUCCACCGGCACCUCGAGAUGCAUCAUCAGCGGGGGGGGUGGCGCCUUCCCCAUAUUCGCCUCCUCCUCCUCGUCGGGCUCCACGGCGGGGCAGUUGACUCUGGUCAACCUCAGCUUCCAGCAGGCGAAAAGCGUCUUCUCCAGGGUGCUCGCGCCAAUCAACGCGAGUCAGUGCGAGUUCGCCCACAACAACAGGGGAGGGGUGCUCAGUGACAAGUUCCCACUAAUGGACGCGCCUCCUAAGCGUCUCUUCACAGGCUGCGUUUUCUUCAACAACUCGUCGCCCAUGGGGGGUGGCGCGGUCAACAUCGACGCCACCACCUUCGAUGCAUUCGGCCUCAUUGACCGCGUGCCGGCUCUCUCCUUCCUGCGCUGUACCUUCAACGGCAACAGCGCGCUGACGCAUGUGGGCGGGGCGGUUAGGGUGGCGGGGACAGCCAGGCUGCGGUUUGAGAGUUGUCUCUUUUCUGAUAACAGCGCUGACGCAUCUGGGGGAGCCGUUUAUUCCAAAGACGCCGCCCUUACGUUCGUCAAAACCAACCUAUAUAGCAACAAGGCCCGUGGCACUGCCGCUGUCAGCGUCGUCACCUCUGGCGCAGGCGGAGCAGUCUACGCCGCCGCGUCGGGAACAAACACCGAGGCUGCUGUGCGCUUCUGCUCCACAACCGCCUUCCAGUAUAACAGCGCCAGACUUGUGGACGGGGCCAACCUGUAUCUGGAAGCGGGCGUGGUCGGAUCGCGGUGGGCGGCUGCGUUGGCGUUUUGCGGCUGUAGCAAGCCGAUUGGGAGUGUGGUGCCCACGAGUGGGUGGCAGCUGCUGACCAGUUGCUCUGCCAGUCAGUACCUCGUGUGGCAGUCUUCUUGGUGCCCACACUCCUCUUCUCCCUCGUGCUUCCCUGCGCAUUCCUUCUGUCGUUUGGAUUGUCCUCACGUCCUCCCUCCCCACCCCCCUGCUUUCGCCUCAUGUCUCUUCCCUUUCGGCUCUCUCCCCCCCUUUUCUCCGUACAAGCAGCACCUGUAA